UACACUCUAGAAAGUGUUUAUUGUUUCCUGCACAAAGUGGGACCACAAUUGUUAAUUAUGUAUUAGGAAUUAAAAUGAUUAUACGGUAACUACAAUGAGAUGUUGUUUUGCUUUGUUUUUACAGACCGGCAGAAAAGAGAAAGGUGACCCGCUGAACUCAGCCAUCGACAAAAUGACUAAAAAGACGAGGGAUUUGCGCAGACAGCUAAGGAAGGCAGUAAUGGACCACAUCUCGGACUCCUUCCUUGAGACCAACGUCCCCCUCUUGGUGCUGAUUGAAGCAGCAAAGAGUGGAAAUGAGAAGGAAGUCAAGGAGUAUGCCCAGGUGUUCCGCGAGCACGCCAACAAGCUGGUGGAGGUGGCCAACUUGGCUUGCUCCAUCUCCAACAAUGAAGAGGGAGUGAAGUUGGUACGAAUGGCUGCCACCCAAAUCGACAGCUUAUGUCCACAGGUUAUCAAUGCUGCCCUUACUCUGGCUGCCCGCCCCCAAAGCAAGGUUGCCCAGGAUAACAUGGAUGUUUUCAAGGAUCAGUGGGAGAAGCAAGUGCGCAUUCUGACGGAGGCUGUGGACGACAUUACAUCUGUGGACGACUUCCUUUCUGUAUCAGAGAACCAUAUCCUUGAGGAUGUCAACAAAUGCGUAAUUGCUCUACAAGAGGGGGAUGUGGACACUCUCGACCGAACUGCCGGAGCCAUCCGAGGUCGAGCUGCUCGCGUGGUUCACAUCAUUAAUGCUGAGAUGGAAAAUUAUGAACCUGGGGUCUACACUGAACGCGUGUUGGAGUCCAUCAAACUCCUGUCUGAAACUGUCAUGCCCCGAUUUGCUGAACAGGUGGAGGUAGCAAUCGAAGCGCUGAGUACGAACCCCCCGCAGGCCUUUGAGGAGAACGAGUUCAUUGAUGCCUCCCGUUUGGUGUAUGACGGCGUCCGUGACAUCCGGAAAGCCGUCCUCAUGAUAAGGACACCAGAAGAGUUGGAGGAUGACUCAGACUUUGAACAAGAGGACUAUGAUACUCGCAGCAGGACCAGCGUCCAGACCGAAGACGACCAGCUUAUUGCAGGACAGAGUGCUCGGGCCAUCAUGGCUCAGCUUCCACAGGAGGAGAAGGCCAAAAUCGCGGAGCAGGUGGAGAGCUUCAGACAGGAGAAGUGCAAGCUGGACGCCGAGGUCGCCAAGUGGGACGACAAUGGCAACGACAUCAUUGUGCUAGCCAAGCAGAUGUGCAUGAUCAUGAUGGAGAUGACAGACUUCACCAGAGGCAAAGGCCCCCUGAAGAACUCCUCUGAUGUGAUCAACGCAGCUAAGAAGAUCGCAGAGGCUGGAUCCAGGAUGGACAAAUUGGCUCGGGCCGUCGCCGACCAGUGCCCUGAUUCAGCCUGCAAGCAGGAUCUACUGGCCUACCUGCAGAGAAUCGCCCUGUACUGCCACCAGCUCAACAUCUGCAGCAAAGUGAAGGCUGAGGUGCAGAAUCUGGGUGGAGAGCUCAUCGUAUCUGGGCUGGACAGCGCCACAUCUUUGAUCCAAGCAGCCAAGAACCUGAUGAACGCCGUGGUGCUGACCGUCAAAGCUUCCUACGUAGCUUCCACCAAGUACCAGAAGGUGUACGGCACGGCUGCGGUCAACUCGCCCGUGGUUUCUUGGCGCAUGAAGGCGCCCGAGAAGAAGCCUCUGGUAAAGCGGGAGAAGCCGGAGGAGUGUCAAACGCGCGUACGGCGAGGCUCCCAGAAGAAACACAUCUCCCCCGUCCAGGCUCUCAGCGAAUUCAAGGCCAUGGACUCCUUCUAAGAGGUUCAAGGAAAAACCUGCAAAAAGAGUAAAAAAAAAACAAAACAUAGCAACCACACAAGUUGGUUUAAAAAAAAAGUCUCUUUUUACAAUGUGUUAACCCACUUCUGUUUGCUCCCUCGUGUGCUUGGUGACACCUCAGGAGGACUGCAGUUCAUGAUGUUCGCUCCUGUGAACAUCGUGCUGUUACAGACAGCCGGCACACUCCCAACUGUAUUUAUUGAUCUUAUUGUAGCUUAACAUGUGAAACGAGCAACUUCUGAAAAUACUGAAAACAUAUCAGAAGAGGACAAGUGGCAUUUAAAAAAUAAAAAAAACUUGUGGCAGUUGAUAUUUUAGCUAUAUCAUUGUUGUGCUACUGACUGGCUGUGUGUGAACACACUAAAAAGCCUUGAAUAGUUCAAUAGAGGAGCUGUUUUAACAUACAGAUGAAUCUAGACAUUUUUUUGAUGAUUUCUAUCUUUUUUUUAAUUUAUUUUUAUUAGGUUUUCCCAUGUAGAGCAGAAUAUAUGUUAUGUUUAAAAUACUAGGCUUGUUUCCUUGUCCCUGAUGAGUACGAUGAUGUUUGAUUUUCUUUUCUAAAUCUUUUUGUGAACCAAAGCACACUUAUGGUUUACGGUAUUCCCUUUAUGAAACCAUCUUAUCGAACUUCUCCAUUUACUCUGAUGAGCUUGUUUGGAAGUUGUGUAGCGUAUAAUAUAGACAAGAGAGGUUUGGCUAGUUGUGGUUUUGCUCCAACCAUAGAAUUCCUGCAUACAGUAGCUUUAUAUUCACCCCCUUCUCUAAUAAACCCCUCAACUUGA